GGUUGAAGCAAAUCACUCAAGCGCGCUAUGUGGCAGCACCUCUCAUAUCAUCGCCCGUUUAACUCGGGAAUAUAGCAAUACAAAGAAGCUGCAGCUCAGCACCCCCGCCAUCUUCAAUUGGAACGUAACGACCGUCGGGGCUGGAAAGUUUGGCAGAGUUUUAUACGAUAGGAAGGCGAGUAGGGGCCAAGCUUCAGUUUACAAGCAGCGUCUGGAAGGAGCUCUUCAACCUAUUGUUUUGGCGUCGCAGCCUAAAUUUUGCUCUUUUUCCAAAUGUGGGUUGCACUUCAGAAAUGACGCCAAGAUGUCGGUGUCAGGGCUGAAGGCCGAGCUGAAGUUCCUGGAGUCCAUCUUCGACAAGAACCACGAACGGUUCCGGAUUGUUAGUUGGAAGCUGGAUGAGUUGCUGUGCCAUUUUAUUUCUGUACAGAGUAACGGCGGCGGGGUGGUCAGCCCGCUCACGAUCCAUUGCAACAUCGCGCUCCUCCAGCAACUAAAACGACUGAUAUGUGACCUCUGCAGGCUCUAUAACCUCCCACAGCAUCCUGAUGUGGAAAUGUUGGAUCAGCCACUACCAAAUGGCGAGAAUGGAACAACAGAGGAUGUCUCUUCAGAUGAUGAAGAGGAGGAGGAUAUGGGAGAGGAUAUUGAAGAUUUGGAUCAUUAUGAGAUGAAGGAAGAAGAACCUGUUGAAGGGAAGAAGUCUGAAGAUGAUGGCAUUGAAAAAGAAAAUUUGGCCAUACUUGAGAAAAUCAGGAAGAAUCAAAGGCAAGACCACUUAAAUGGAGCAGUAUCAGGGUCUGUUCAGGCCUCUGACCGCCUUAUGAAAGAGCUCAGGGAUAUUUACAGAUCACAAAGUUUCAAAUCAGGUAUGUUUGGCAGUGCAAAAGUUGUGGUUGGCUCAUCUCUGUUUUUGUCAUUUCAAGAAUAUCGCCUGGUUGACCCAGACAGUCCACUACAUAGUGACCUGUUGGUGUUGAAAGAAAAAGAAGGGGUAGCAUUUAUCUUGCUCAGUUUCUUGUUCAAGGUAAAUACACCUUUUGAGCCACCCAGGAUUCAGGUGCUAGGGACGCUCCUCUCGGGUGGGUACGUUUUGGGAGGUGGUGCACUAUGCAUGGAACUUCUUACUAAACAGGGCUGGAGCAGUGCCUAUUCAAUUGAGUCCGUCAUUAUGCAAAUUAAUGCAACUUUAGUGAAAGGAAAAGCCAGGGUGCAGUUUGGAGCAAAUAAGAACCAGUACAAUCUUGCAAGAGCACAACAGUCCUACAAAUCUUUAGUUCAGAUUCAUGAAAAAAAUGGUUGGUACACUCCACCAAAAGAAGAUGGCUAGAAUCUGCCCAUAUGUAACUAGGAGCGAUUCUAAAAAUCCAAGCUGUUUCUAGUCUUCAACACAAAUGGCUUCCACUUGAGGGUGCCCCUGACAAAUCCACCACAGGAGUUAGUUCUUGAGAGUGCUGUAAUGGCUGGAUAAUUUUGGAUGAUAUUAUCCAGUCCCCCAGCUGCAAUUAUCAUCCCAUUGUUCAUGCAGGUGUAUUGAACUGAACUAUAAUGGCCUUUCUUCAGUAUGGGCUGAUUAUGUGAAAAGCUGCUGUUCCCUCCUUUUUCCGUAAAAUGCCUCUAAAUAGGUGAAUGAGUAUAGUGCUUCACAGAGCACUUUACUUAAAUUCUGCACUUUUUUUGUCUCAGUAUCCUGUCAAGAGAUAUUGUUUUAUGAAAGACUUCAGAUACUGUUAUGUAAACCCAACAAAGUGCAAACAUUGGUGUGCAACAGGAUUCAUUCCUAACAAGUUUCUUUAGCUUUUUUUUUUCUGAACUUCAUUUACUCGGGAAGAUUGCACGUGGUUUUGUAUUACUUCAGUCUUAUUGAAGUAGUUCAUUUAUUGUGUUAGGACAGGAGUAUUAGAAUAAAACACUCUGUGAUAAGGACCAUGGCUUUUUCUGGUUGAUCUUGAUAUAGAUCAUUUUUAAGUAUGGUUGUGCCAACUGUUUAAAAUUAUUGGUAACCAGUCAUUUCCACUGGGGCAUCAGUGGUUUGCAAAACCUUUACUAAUGCAUUGUUAUAUGUCCUGAGUAAAACAGAUAAGUAUGUAUUCAUUCAGAAGUGUUUAUCCCCUUUUUUUUUUUAGUUCCAUUUUGAACGGGUUGUUGCAAUCAGUCAUUGAACUUGUUAGUCGGCACAAGUAUGGGUUUUAACUCUUCCUGUAGCAUAAAGGUUGACACACACUUAUGUUAAAAUAUAUGCAAGUAAUCUGUUGACAUGACGAUUUGUGGACCACUGCUUAGAUGAGAAUUCCAAAAAUGGUACCAUUGUAAACACAGUGGUUGGAAAAUAUAAAAAAUCUCUCUUAACAGAUGUUAAGCAUUUCUUGUAAAUUUUGACUAAUAAUCUGGAUGUGUAUUUCUCAUUUGUCAUUUGCCUUAUGUAUACCUUCAAGUUCUGUGACGUGUUUUAGUACCUGCUGGUGAUUUUUUUUCUAACCCUUUUUGCCAAGGGUAGCAUUAAUGGAGGGUUCCAUAUGCAAAACAUGCUUCCAAAAGGCAAAGUUUUUUGUUAACUUGAUUUUAAUGCAUUCUCCUUUUUUCUCUAUGAAGCAGAGCUGUGUACCCUUUCACAUCCUGCUAGGAAUCCAAACAGUACUACUGCCACUGUGUCUGUUCACUUGUGGAUGAAGCAGCCAGUGAAGAUUUGCUACCCUUUGGCUAUUUGUAGACUGUAAAGAAAGAGUUUUUCAAGUUUGUUAAGCAAACUUUGGAGACUUGGUGUAGCUGUCAAGCUGGAAAUCUUGAACUUAAUCUGACAUUCCUGAAGAGAUGAUCCAACUGGCAAGUGGGUUAAUGCACAUUUGGCAUGCUAUGUUUUUUUUUUUUUUUUUUUUUGAACUUCACUUCCUUGUGAUAUUCAUUACCCAUGUACAGUAAUUUGUAAACUUGCAUCAAGUUUAUAAAUAAAUAACAAUUUUAAGUAUUA